AUGUACGUUACUGUAAAUGUUCAGGUUGCGAUUGCCAUUCUGCUUCAAUGUAACGCAAUGUUGCGAUUGCCAUCCACUUUAGUUUCAAUCUAUUCAGUUGAUAAAGUUGGGCGAAGAGUGCUUCUGCUCGAAGCCAGAGUGCAAAUGUUUGCUUCACAGGUGAUCAUUGGAAUUUUGUUAGCAACAGGGAUGAAAGAGGACAAAGAUAUUUCCAAGGGCAUGGCAAUUGUGAUAGUACUUAUGGUAUGCACGUUCGUCUCAGCCUUUGCAUGGUCAUGGGGGCCUCUUGCAUGGCUCAUUCCCAACGAAACAUUUCCACUAGAAACAAGAUCCGCUGGACAAAGUGUCACCGUGUGCGUCAACCUUCUCUUCACAUUCGUCAUUGCACAGGCAUUCCUGUCAAUGCUUUGUCAUUUCAAAUAUAGGAUUUUCUUAUUUUACGCUGGUUGGGUUUUAAUCAUGUCUACGUUCGUCCUGUUUCUCCUUCUGGAAACAAAGAAUGUGCCAAUCGAAGAAAUGAUAGAGAAAGUGUGCAGACAACACUGGCUGUUGAAGAAGUAUGUCACAGACUCUGAUUUGAUCGAUGAUGAGGAUGGUGAUGCCUAUGCUGAUCAAGAAACUGGGAAAGCUAAUGGCAAGGCCCAUCACAAUUCUCAGUUAUAA